CCCUUGUGGCCCCUCUGUGCCCCGUCAGACUGGCUCUUCUCACUGUGGGCAGGAUAUGCUCUGUAUUCUCUUCUCUGUGUUUCCUUACUAAAGUCAGCCCUGUAGCUUUAGCGUUUUAGCCUCGAUGUUCAAAUCCCCCUGACAAACCCAGUAAUCCUUUCCAGCGCACUGGCACUGUCAGACUCAUGUCUCUCUGAUAGUCGCAGUGUGGCGUGGGUUUAGCAGCGGGGUUGAGUGAGCUAACCUGUCUUUGUCUACAUGUUUGACUGCUGGCUAGUGGCUUUAGCUAACCGCUAGAUCCAUAGGGGUUCUUUUUGAUUACCUCUUUUUGUCCUUUCUUUCUGUUUUCUGUUUUAUUUCACUUCUUUAAGGUCUGGGAGAAAAAAGGAGGCGUUGACCUUAAUUAUCUUUAAACCUCUUGCAGGAUUACAAUUUUUAUUUUUUCUAAAAAUAACACAGAAAAGCCAGAAGGAGAGUUCUGAGAAGCUUUGUUAUCACCAAUUAGUCUCACCUACUAAACCAUUUUGUCUCAUCAUUAUUUUUAAUUUUUGACCUCUCCAACUGCCAUGAUGUGGGAGUUCCGAUCCAUGAUGUUCUGGCGAGCGGUGUUUGCCGAGUUUUUUGGCACCAUGUUCUUCGUGUUCUUUGGCAUGGGUGCCGCUCUCCGUUGGACCUCAGGCCCGUACCACGUCUUUCACACGGCCAUCUGCUUUGGCUUUGCCGCUGCCACACUCAUCCAGUCGAUUGGCCACAUCAGUGGUGGACACAUCAACCCAGCCGUCACCUUUGCCUAUCUAGUGGGUUCUCAGCUCUCUCUGUUCCGUGCUGUGUUCUACAUCUGUGCCCAGUGCCUGGGCGCAAUGGCAGGUGCCGCCGCUCUCUAUGGAGUCACCCCUAACAACAUGAGAGGCAUGCUGGCUCUGAACACACUGCAGCCUGGCAUCAGCCUGGGUAUGGCCACCACGGUGGAGGUGUUCCUUACCAUGCAGCUGGUUGUGUGCAUCUUUGCUGUCACCGAUGAGAGGAGGAAUGGACGAGUUGGAUCGGCUGCUCUCUCUAUUGGCUUCUCCAUUACUAUGGGCCAUCUGAUGGGGAUGUAUUACACUGGGGCUGGCAUGAACCCUGCUAGGUCCUUUGCCCCUGCUGUUCUGAUGAGGAAUUUCAUCAACCACUGGGUAUACUGGGUGGGACCCAUGAUUGGUGGUGCUAUGGGUGCCAUCCUCUACGACUUCAUGCUGUUCCCCCGUAUGAGGGGGCUUUCCGAGAGGCUAGCAACCCUCAAGGGCAGCCGACCCCCAGAGGCCGAGAACCAGCAGGAGACUCGCGGGGAGCCCAUUGAACUCAAGACUCAAGCACUAUAAACCUGCACUGAUAUGUGGACCAUGACCCAACUGUGCCCAGUCCCCCCAGAACCUCGAUCACUCUGCACCAACCUUCACCCAAAACACUAAUAUACUGUACCAAUUACAUCACUGAUCAAAUCAAUUCACCCACUCUGAAACCAACAGAUUGAAGGACUGACAGUAAAAAGGACAUAUACUUAAAUAUCUAUCAACUAUGCUAAUAUAACAGCAGCUAAUGUUAGCUCAAAUGCUAUUAUCCUUGUUUAAUUAGAAUGUGACCUGAAUCUGUAUGUUCAGCAACUACUUUCUUAAAAAGCAGGGUAAAUAAAUGAGUGGGCUAGGACUAGGGUCUACACAGCUGAGGGAAACAUCAGCUGGAUGUGGGCAGGAUUUAAACUGGAUAAGGUUAUGGUUGGGGAGGGGCCAGAUUGGGUUGGGUAUGAAAUGGGACAACCUCCAUUCUCUCUACCCUUAUAGGGAUAAGCUAGAACAGUUUACUUAGGCAUGCUUUUCACUUUUCAUCUGAUUAUAGCUGAUUUCAGUUUUAUUUUCUACAACACCAGAUGUGGAUGUAUGCUACUUAACCAUGAUUUCACUCUUCAAUUCAGUUUUUUUUUCUCAUUUUAUUUCUCUGUGUGAAUGUGGGAGUGCGGGUGUGAGAGUUCAUGUGGGGGUUCAGGCCAGGGCGACUGAGAUUUAGCAUGUGUGGGUGAGGGCAUUUGGAGGAAUCGAGCUGGAAUGUGUGUGUGUAUGCAGGUUUGUAAAAAAUAUGGGUCCGUGCGAGUGAGUGAGUGUGGGUGUGUGAGAAUAUGUGUGUGUGUGAGUGUGUGUGUGGCAUGCUUGCGUGUGUGUUCAUGUUUUCUUUUAUUUUGGGUUAUUAUCAUGACUGCGUGUCUCUAUUUGUACCAUGCUUGUGUUUCAUUUCUUAUUUUUACGGUACUGAAGACAUCCCAUUCUGUAUUAUUUGCAAUGGUAUUCCAUUCACACUAAUUUUUACUUCAAAAAACACCCACUUGAUUGAUAUGUUUCAAAGACACAAUGCACCGAACAGCAUGGUCUCCCAGUCAUUUCUAUCACACCAUGAAUUAUUAAUGCCUGGGUUGCCGUACAUUGAGUCUUGUCUGAAUAUUAAUGCCCGGAUUGGACACAAAGGAAUAUGAAUCACAUUUGAAUGUGAAUAAAUACAAAACAUGACUUGAAA